AUGAAGGAAGCGUUGCUGCAGACGUUUACAAUCUUACUGAUGGUAUGUAUCAUUGUGGCCAUCAUCCUUUACCGGCAGGGGGAGUUUGAGCUCCGUUACAUCUUCUUAGCAGGAAAUCCGCCAGGAAAUUUAGGAAGAACAUCGUCAGUUUUACGCAAAACCCAAGCAAUUCCUCUGAAAGAUUCACUUUCUAAAAGCUAUCAAGCAUCAAUCAUAAAGUGCAAAAGUUUAAACCCUGAAGAUUGUAAGAUAAAAGACGGUCCUUUCGAAUACCGUCAACUUUCAAUCAAUGUGUCCAAACGUUCUUCAAAACAAAAUGACAAAGACAGGUUGACUCAUAUUGUCCAGUUGAAUGUGUCUGCUUCAAUUUCGCAAGAAUGGAAACAACCUGUUAUCAAAACAAGUGACGGUCUGAAUCUUAACACAAGCGACGGGGAUGUUGUCAGUAAUAGUACCGACUGGGAGCAAACUAAACAUUUUGGUGACGAAACUACUUCUACUAUAGGCUUGAAAUCAAAACAAAUACAGGCCAGCCUAGCGAAUAUGUCCCAUGACUCCAAAUUUACAGCGGAACCAUACCAAUCCCAAGGAAAAGAGAGUGAUGUGACAACCUCAAACGAUUUAAAAACGGAAAAUCAGUUCAAUGUCGACUUAAAUAUUUGGGGAAAUGAUACCAUGGGAUUACAAUCAGAUGGCUCGAAUGGAUAUCUGGUUUACGACUGCAGCAAAUCUCACAAGGAGAACUGUGGCGGAUGGUCGGACCGUCUCUCGGGAAUCCUCUCAACGCUUGUUCUCUCUACUCUCACUAACAGGACAUUCAAGAUCAAUUUCGAUAGUCCCUGUGUACUCUCGGAGUACCUCAGACCAAACCUGUACGACUGGACAAUUGGACAUUCGGAUUUCGAGAAUAAAUCUACAUCAUAUCAUGUUCUUACAAACAGUCGUUAUCAUAAGAUGGGAAAAGAGCUGACUCCGAAAGGAUUGUACAAAUAUUUUCAAAGUGACGUUGCUUAUAUUCGUAUGAACUGGGACCUCACUAGACAGUUUAGGAAAUAUCCAAACAUACAGAAAUAUGCUGCUUGGAUAACAGAACUACACUUUUCGGAUAUAUAUUUCAAGCUUUUUAAUACUUUAUUCAAACCUUCACAAGAAAUAGUUCAAGACUUGACUAAUAUACGGAAAAAUGCUACAAGAAGCAAAACCGCUUGUGCCCAUUUGAGGAUAGGAGGCAACCCAAGUAUGAGAAAUGACCGUCCAAGAAGUGAUAAGAACCGCCUAAAGGUAGUGUGGUCUCUUCUUGACAAAUUAGACACGAAUAUUUACAAUAUAUUCAUAGCAACAGACGAUGAUUCGGUCAGAAAAAUGUCACGGGAGAGAUAUAAGCAUAAUUUCAUCGACAUCCAAGGAAGUAUCAUGCAUAUCGACCAGUCGAGCUAUCGGCGAGGAGAUGUUUGUGAAGGUUUUAGGAAACAGUUGUUGGACUUUUUGUUCCUGACAUCAUGUGAUAUUCUAUUACUGUCAAACAGUGGGUUCGGGAUGAUGGCAGCUUAUCUCCGAACUCACAAGACUGGGCUUUACUGCUGGACAGACAGUGGAAUUGUCCCCUGCUCGAGAUAUACCGUGCACGACUUCUACCCCCUCCCCAUUCUCGCACCAGAAUGA